CCAGGGCUGAGUUGUGGGGCGGGAGACGAGCUCCGUGUGAGGCGGAAGGAGCGGCUCCGCGGGCUGAUGCCGAAUGAAGGCGUGCAGCCAUGCAAGAAAGUAUACGUUUUGCAUCAUCAGGAGAUGACGUUAAAGUAUGGGAUUCCUCAUCUUUCUCUGUGGUGGAGCAGUUCAACCCACAUACACCUUCACAUCCAGUUAGUUCACUUUGCUGGGCCAGCAAUAAUAGAUACCUGGCCACUGCUUCUGCUGCUGGUGAUAAAAUAGUUGUUUCAAGCUCUAAAAGCAAACCUGUUCCACUCUUUGAAAUAGCUGAAGGAGCAAAACAGACAUGUGUGAGCUUGAAUUCUAGUUCUUCAUACCUCGUCAGUGGAGGCCUUGAUAACACAGUUAAUAUCUGGGAUUUGAAAUCCAGAAAGAUUUACCGCAGCCUAAAGGAGCAUAAAGAUGAAGUCACAUGUGUUGCAUAUAAUUGGAAUGAUGGCUAUGUUGUUUCUGGGUCUUUGAGUGGUCAAAUCAUCCUACACAGUGUUACCACCAACUUAUCAAGUAGUCCCUUUGGUUAUGGCAGCAGACAGCCUGUUCGACACUUGAAAUAUUCAUCCUUUAAGAAAUCCUUGCUGGGCACUGUUUCUGACAGUGGAAAUGUCACUCUCUGGGAUGUAAAUAGCCAGAACCCAUAUCAUAAUUUUGAAAAUACUCAUAAAGCACCAGCCUCAGAAAUCUGCUUUUCUCCAGUCAAUAAGCUGCUGCUUGUAACUGUAGGCUUGGAUAAAAGAAUUAUUCUCUAUGACACGUUAAGUAAAAAGUUACUGACAACAAUUGUAGCCGAUUUUCCUCUGACCACAGUAGACUUCAUGCCUGAUGGUACUACUUUGGCUAUAGGAUGUUCCCGGGGAAAGAUUUGCCAGUAUGACUUAAGACAACUGACAUCACCAGUGAAAGCAGUUGCUGCUCACAAAGGCUGUGUGAAAUGCAUACGUCUCCAGUUCAGUAGCACUUUUUCCAAGUCUAACCUCACAGGUUCGUCAAAUAAACCUGUGUCCAAAAGACUAGAAGUCAAAGCUGGUAGUAAUCUUGGAGGAAUUCAAAAUACGGGCAUCAAAAACAUUGCCUCUCAAGCAUCAGCAACAGUUUCCUCUCACCUUACGUUGACGAAUGAGAAUAAGGGAGGAGAGAUUUUUCAGGAGAAAACUGGUUUUCCACAUAGUUCCAGCUUGGAUGUCAUUCCAUCUAAAGAAACAGAUAAUGGGAAACGUGCUGAAUUAAAUAAUUUUGAUGAUUUGGGUCGAAGUAGUUUAGGAGAUAUGUUUUCUCCAGUCAGAGAUGAUAUUAUUGCAAAUAAAGCGACUGAAGAUAUCCAAGGAAAUGGCCUGGAUUUCACCCACCUAUUGGGUUUGGAUUUUCUCCCACAACCAACCAUUGCCUUUCCGAUAAAAAGAAACCCAGUGGGCAGUAGUGCACAAGGGACACAGUCUAGCUCAUUACAUGCACUUGGAGGAUCUCCAAUUAAAGAAGAAGAGGAGCAUCCAGAGACUGACUCUAAGAAAAUAAGUCUUGGAAAACAAGAAUCUAAAGACGUCUUGAAGCCGGUUUCAAAAUCAAGCUUAUCAAGCAUAGAACCUAUAAGUUCUCCACCACCAUCUACUCCUGAUGCAAAUGAGAAACUAAUGAAGAAUAUUCAGGCCCAUCCUGCAUUUGAUCUACCAGUAAAUGGUACUACCUCAACAAGUUCAAAGAUAACAUCACCUGUCACUGCUGGAGUUGCAAGUUCGUUGUCAGAAAAAAUAGUAGAAACCAUUGGGAGUAGCAGACCAAAUGCACCUUUGACAGCAAUUCAAAUAAAUUUCAUUCAGAAUAUGAUACAAGAAACAAUGGAUGACUUCAGAGAAGCAUGCCAUCGAGAUAUUGUGAAUUUGCAAGUGGAGAUGAUCAAGCAAUUCCAUAUGCAGUUGAAUGAAAUGCACGCUUUACUUGAAAGAUACUCUGUAAAUGAAAGCUUAGUAGCUGAAAUUGAGAGACUGCGAGAGGAAAACAAAAGACUGAGGACUCACUUCUGAAAGAUUUACAUUGCUGAUUUUAUUAGCGUGAACUCAGUACAGGUGGUGUGUUGUCUUUCACAGAUCAUCUAUCAACUGAAGUAUUGUUUGAAGACCUGUUACUAUUUUGAACAUGAAUCUAUUCUUCUAAAUAAUUGGUGUAAGAUACUGUGUCUAAUUAUAAAAUCUGUAUCAGAUAGGCACUGUAUAAAGAACAUUUAUUUGCAUCUUCAUGCUGACCACCUUGCAACGCAGACUUCCAACAGAAAAACUCAAAAGACAAGUACGGUAUUGGAGUUUUGGCAACACAUAAAGUGCCUUUUCGUAAACAAAAUCAAACCAGGGCAGAUAUUUUUACUGUAAGAACUUUUUUAUAUAUAACUACUUUUCUAUCUGUUUCUUUAUUCUACUGCUGUCAGAAACAAUCACUACAGCUUGCCUUUCAGAUACUUUCCUUGAGGAAAGAGGGAAGUGAAAGCUCCUCUUUUGCACAGCGUGGAGUCUUGUUUACAAAGAGCUGGAAAGUACAGUAGUCAGUUGAGUUUAUUCAGCUGGAAACUCUUCUGUCCUGAGUAAAACUAGAGCUUGAAAAUGUUCCCAAAUUCAGUGCCACAAUCUUUCUUACUGAAUUCAUAAGUUCGUUGUUGCAAAUGCUACAUCAACUGCACAACAAGAUUUUUUGUUACUACUUUGGCUAUGAAUCUAGAAUUCUUUUUAUUUACAUGUAUUUGAAUGUUGUCAUAGCUUGUCCGAUUUGAAUGCAACUUUAGUCUUCAAAAUGUAAGUAUAUUAAUAAUAUAACCAUUAAUAAUACAGCAAUGUGUAAUUGAAGUCUUUCAGUCUGACUCAAGCACCUUUUGUGCCCAAUCCCCCCUUCCAUUGGUAGUGAACAACAGUUAAUAUUGAGCAGUUGUGUUUUAGUUUUGAGUCAUGUUGGUUUAGCAUUAUUGUGGCCUUUUUCAGAUAGCUGCAUACCAAAUCUGUUAUCUUGUAUUAUUAACAACCAUUAAAGAGCGAUCAUUACUUCAGUAGCAUAAUAGUAUCAUACUGGUACGUAAACAUUUCUGAAAUGAAGCUCACUAGGAAGUCUUGACUAUUGAAUUGCAUGGGAUAUUUGGCUUGGCCUUUAUUUUGCCAGGAAGAUUAAAUUAAAACUUCAAUUAUAAAUUACUUUAAAAAUCAAAUGAAAAUUUUAAAUUGAGUUAAAAAUUUCCCUGAAAGACUUCUACAAGUGCUUCUUGCUAUUUAAGUUUUUCUGGAGGCUUCUUAAUUUUCCUUCUAAUAUAUGCUUGUUUCUUUUCACAGAAGUCUGAAGAACAUGGCAGGUUAAUUUGCAUCUACUGUUUAAAUCCAUGACGACACUGCUACUAAAUGAGUAGAUAAAUAAAUGAAAGCCAUAAUAUAUAGUGUAACUUAUUUUUAUAUGUUGCAAAACUAAAGAAAAACUCCAAACAUGUC